CCAAAAAAAAAAAACCCCUGUAAUUAUAAAUCAACUCAACGUUGAACCUCUGAACGAAGUUUGGGGAUGGGAACAGGCCGCUGAUUCAAAAGAUCACAGACUACAGAGAUAGCAUGGGGGCAGGAAGAAGAACGCAAACAUUUUUUGCUGCUGAGUCGUGGGCUCCCUUGCCCGGAAAUGGUUCUCUCCCCACUAGGAACUUGGACAAAAAAGACUUGGGUGGAGCUAUUUUUGGUUGCAAGCAUAAUACCAUGCCAGAGUGUCUCACUAAGCAGUUAUUUGGCUUGCCACAUGGGCAUUUCUCCUAUGUGAGAAAUAUUGGAGAAGGUCUUCCUUUAUUCCUGUUCAAUUAUAGCGAUCGCAAACUCCAUGGCAUCUAUGAGGCUGCAAGCAAUGGCCGAAUGUCAUUUGAUGCCUAUGCAUGGACUGAUGGUGGCAGUGAGAGGACACCAUAUCCUGCUCAGGUAUACAUUCGUACUAGGACUCAGUGCCAACCACUGACCGAAAAUCAGUUCAAGACAAUAAUUCAGGACAACUAUUUUGCUGGUAGUCACUUUUGGUUCGAGCUGGAUCAUGCACAAACAAGAGGCCUAAUUGCGCUUUUUAAACCUUCUCCUCAUAUGCCAAUUGUUAAAGAACUUUUCCCUCCAUUACCAGCCAAAAAGCUUGCUCCCAAGAAAGAACUUGUUACACAACCGCCACCAACUAAAUGGAAGGCAGUUGAAAAUAAGGAAUAUCCAAAUGCUGAGGCAAGAUAUAUUAAUUUCGAAGAUGUGGAUUCCAAAGGCAGAGUCUCAGAUUGGGAAGACCUGUCGGAGAAUAACAUGCACAAAUUAGGUUCAGGUUCUAAUUCUGGUAAUGGGGCAUAGUUGGCUACUGAGCGUGAACAUCUAAAGUCAUCUUCCAGUGGAGAAAAUUCAACAUGGUCGGAUUAUAAUUAUGUAAAUGCUGAACCAGUGUCAAUUCCGACCUCAUCUGAUAUUAAUUAUGCAAAUGAGCUUGAACAUUUAAAGUCAUCUUCUAGUGGAGAAAAUUCAAUAGGGUCUGAUUACAAUUAUGUAAAUGCGGAACAAGUGCCAAUUCCAGCCUCAUCUGAUGUUAACUAUGCAAAUGGAGAGGAUGUGGAAAAGCUGAGCAGUUCUGGCAUUAUCCAUGGCAGUGAUGAGGUUGUAAAUAGCAGGUUGGUGCGAGCCCUUGAAGAACUAGAAGAGCGGACUUCAAAUUUAGAGAAGCAGCGGGCUGAGCAAGAUCGAGAGUUGGAACUACUAAGGAAUGAAUUCAUGGAUGCAGGGAAAAAGGUCCAACUUCUGCAGGAUCGUAUAAAAGAGCUUGAAGCGAAGUCUAUUCCUCUAGUUGAUGAUUCUCUUGAUGACAAAUCCUUCAAAAAAUCUUUUUGUCCAGAAGAUAAAAUUUACCUAAUUGGAGGUUUUGAUGGCUAUUCAUGGUUAUCGUCUUUAGACUGUUUUUCUCCGUCAUUCAAUACCAUAACACCUCUGAAGUCCAUGAGCUCUGAUCGAUCAUAUGCAUCUGCUGUUGCAUUAGACGGUAUGCUUUAUGUUUUUGGUGGUGGUGAUGGCAACUUAUGGUUUGACUCAGUUGAAUGUUACAAUUGGAGACAUGAUGAGUGGACCUUGUGUCCUUCGAUGAAACGUCAGAGAGGAAGUCUAGCUGGAGCCACUUUGAAUGGGAAAAUAUUUGCUAUCGGGGGAGGAAAUGGUGUAGAAUGCUUUCCAGAUGUUGAGAUGCUUGACCCAGAACAGGGAAGAUGGAUCAGCAACCAAUCAAUGCUUCAUACACGGUUUGCACCUGCUGCAGCAGAACUUAAUGGUGUGAUAUAUGCUUUUGGUGGAUACGACGGAAAGGCAUACUUGAGGUCUGCUGAAAGAUUUGAUCCCCGGGUAGGCAGUUGGACCGAAGUCCCAAGCAUGAACGUUAGAAGAGGCUCUCAUUCUGUUGCAGUUCUAAAUGAGAAAAUAUAUUGCAUGGGAGGAUAUAACGGCGACGAGAUGGUUUCAAGCCUUGAAAUAUUUGAUCCUCGUCUGGAUUCUUGGGUGAUGGGUGAACCGAUGAAUUCUGAGAGAGGAUAUGCUGCCACAUCAGUCUUUGGUAAUUCCAUAAUCUCCAUAGGUGGUGUCAAAGACGAUGAAGUUAUUGUAGAUACGGUGGAAUGUUACAGAGAGGGAUCUGGGUGGACCACCACCGGAUGGAAUGCCAUUGGAAAAAGGUGCUUUUGUUCUGCCAUUGUGUUGUGAGCUUUGUUGCAUAAUGGCAGCCAUGUUUUUUACUUUUUUUUUUUAACAAAUAACUUUAACUUCUCAGUGGCAUUUGUGUAUAUUUAGCAAGUUGUGCAGUCUGAAUGUGUAUAUUAAAGCAACACAAGUGUUGGCCUAUGGAAAGUAUCUACUGCGGAUGGGUUUGGUUCUGUGAUGAAACAUUUGAAUAUGCGAGGAUAUCUCAUGAUCAUCUAUGUAAUAUUUGCUGGCUGGGAAUGUUAUUACAGUUUAUGAGGUUUUACUU